CCCACUUUCUUGGUACGGUACCAGGGCAGCUUCGCCAUGAAUCAUUUCCUCUGCUCGUCUGCCCAAGAGAUCUAUUUAUUUGACGGAUCCUUGGACGAACUACACCCUUGUCCUGCUCGAUUCUACCAUUGAAGCAGAUUUGCAUACGCACUUUGGGAGCUCCCGUCAGCUGUCACGAGCUUACACGAGCUUUUUAGCCGACCGGCCGCAGGUGCAACUCAAGCCACCGUCAAUUCAGACAUUUCUCGACGACAGCAUCAGAGGCUAGGGCCGGCCCGCCGACGACCCUUGACUUCAGGGAACUGCCUAGGUUCGACCGUGCCCUUAUCGGAAGCAGAAGCUGCCAACCGUUGCCCGACAUCUAGCGUCGGCGGGAUCCCGCUGCAGCGGCACUCGGCCUGGCGCUGAAUCCGAGCUAUCGCGCCACACCAUGGACGACGCAAACGGCGUGUUGAAGGACCCGAGGGUUUCCAAGGCGUUGAAGCCCACGGACGACUUGAUUGAUGGACCCUUGAUGGACCCGAGGAUUUCCAAGGUUUUCAAGCCCACGGGUGCGAUGAAUGGGAUGAAUGGGGGGAUGAAUGGUGCAAUCAAGACGUCGCCAAAUGGCCACGCAGUAGGCAUCAAGAAGAACACGGUUAGGCCAGCCGCCCCACGGUUGCUCACCAGUGCGUUUAGUGUUGUUGCUAGGCUGUUAACCUGGUACUCAAUCUUCACCGUCCUUUUUCGAUGCCCUGCCACCCUUAACGCCUGCGAUGAGACCUCUCCGCGCAUUUGCAAGCCAUAUUUUGAGCUAAAGCAAGCCGUUGCCCCGCAUCUCGAGCCGUACUACGACACAUACGCGGCGCCAUACGUUGAUUUGGUGCGGCCAUAUUAUCACACUAUCGACCGGACGCUGAUUUCACCGAGCUGGGGCUAUGUCCAGCAAUACGGCGCCCCACGACUGCAUCAAGCGCAGGCCUUCAGCGCCGCUCAGUGGGAGAGGAGUGUCCGGCCUCGAAUUACAAAGGUUCAAGAGUUCGCUAGAACACAAUAUGACCAGAGCCUGGCCCCGCACAUCGACCGCGCCUCGUCCGCGUUUGGCCCAGUCUACAAUGUCGCGCGGACCAACAUCCUCCAAACCUACCACGAGCUGCUACUGCCUGCGUACCAAUACGUACAGCCGCACCUGUGGGAGGGCUACCGGGCGACAUCAGCCUUCACUAGCAACACCGUUGUGCCAUCAUUCAUUUGGGCGUGGAAUAAGACGUCAAUCUUCCUCGACGCAACUCUGUGGCCACAGCUCCGAGGCAUGUACGUUGAGAAUGUAGAGCCCCAGCUUGUUAAAAUCGGCAAGCGGCUGGGCCGGUAUAACACUGGCAAGAAGUUGGUUCCUACAGAUGCUCCGCCUAGGUCUAGCCCUUCGAUCAAGACCGUCUCUUCGUUCACCAAGCCUACACUGUCAGCUUCCACCACCUCGACCGUCAGCCCGUCCUCGACGACUUCGCCGACCAGCGAUGCCCAUACGACAACGGUACGCGCCGCUGCUGAUCCUGCGAGGACAAGGUCGGCAAUGGAGCCAGUCCCACCACCGGAGAUAGAUGAGAAGCUGGAGAGUGAAGACCCCGUGCGCCGCACUGCCCGCGAGGUUGUUGCAGCUGAUCUCAAGGACUGGCAGGAGAGGUAUGCAAAGGCUGCCGACGAAGGUGCCGCUGAAAUCGACGAGCGGGUCCAGGAAAUCGCAAAGAAGAUGGUCCGGCGCAACGCAAGAAUUACGGGCAAAUCGCUGCUGGAACAGCUACAAACGACAGCGGUAACCGAACUGGUCACACUUCGCCGUGUGAUUUUGGACAUCAUCGGGGCUGUGAACAAGGGUAGCGCGACUGCCGAGGAAGGCCAGGAACAGCUCGUCAAGGCCGUCCGGCAAGCCGGGCUAGCGGUUAAGGCCAAGGCGCAGGAUGUGCGCACCUGGCGCGAAACAUACGAAGCCGAGAUGCAAGCUGCAAUCACCAAGGCUGCAGAGACCCACUUCACGAUACUUGAAAACAUCCGGGAUUUGGCGUUGCAAAAGAUUGGUAUGAAAUGGGCCUGGAUGGACGGCAUCACGUACAAGGAUUGGGCAAAGUACCAUUUGCUCAAGAGCCGUUUUGAUGAAUGGAAGGGCGAACUUGAAAGCCACAUCGUCACUCAUCCGAGCCUUGAGGCUGCCCAGAUCGAGGGCGCAAACAUUGAAGAUGAAGCAAUGAAGAUCGCUGCGACAACGGCAAAGGAACUCGCUCGCCUCAAGCAGGUAGCCAACUGGAAGCUUAUCGCCGGAGAUGACACCCCUGAGUUCGACAGCACCUUGAUGCAGCAGGCCGCGGAGGCGGCGGAGGCUUCGAAACUUAUUACGGAGACAGCCCCGCCGCCGGCCGGUGAAGACAAGGACUCUGUCACAGGCAACGACAGUGACGGGCUCAGCCAAGCUGCCGAGGCUGGCCAAAGUGACUCGCAGGCUUCAAAUUCCGACCCGGACUCCCGGGAUCAAGUGGGUCAGCUCACGGAGUCGGACUCAACCUCUUUUGGAGACGUUUCUGCGUCAUCAAGUCCGAAUUCCGACACUGUUGAGGCUUCGAAUGCCCUCCCAUCAUCUAAAGAAAUAUCCAAUGCCGCCGAGCCUACUUCAGAAUUAGCUUCUAAUGCCAAUGGCACGGCAUUGGUCGAAUCCGAUCAGCCCCGUUCGCCUCCCGCGCCCGAAGCCGCUUCCAGCGCGAUGUUUCAGGAGCCUGUGAUUGUCGCUAAUGCCACAGAGUUGGCAGACGACGUCACAGGGUCUGCUGACUCCCCUGUAGACGAUAUACUAAAGGAGGAACCGAGCACAAUAGAGUCAGGACUAGACUCCACUGAGAGUUUCACGAUGGAAAUGCCGGCAGCCGAGCCAACGACAACCGUGAAAUCAGCGUUUCUAGGCGCAGCUGCCCAGUCCGUCCCGACACGCAGGCCGAUACUGGAUGACGAGCCGAUCGACGAUGUGUCUGCUAUGGAAUCUGUGCGUCAAGAGCUCAAGUCUGCCUACUCGGCGGCCAUGUCUCUUGCGAAUGAUCAGUAUUCACAGGCAUUAUCUCUUGUGUCGGGCCAGAUGCGUGAAAGCCCAAAGCCGGCACACGAGCAGAUGCUCGCAUCCGUCACGUUAGCGUACAGCAAGGCCAUGGCAUCGGCCAGCUCUCGUCUUGACGAUGCUCUUAAGGCCGCAUCGAUCCAACUGCACGGGUCAACGAUAACUACUGCAAGCGGCAUCUUACCCACGUCGCUUCCGAUUCCUCAACUACCCAACAUGGACUGGUCUCGUAUUGAGUCGAUCGCCGCUGAGCGUCUUCAGCGCGGCCGCGCGUGGGCAGAAGAAGAGUAUGAGAGCGCCAAGAUUGCCAUCGGGUUGGCGACACCGACCCCAAGUACCCCGGCCGAGCAUGUCAGCAAACUGCUCGAUAAUGCAAGGCACAAUUACUACGCCAAUCUGGGUGUGGCGCAUGCUAGGUAUUCGGAAUUCCUGGCUGCAGCUAGCUCGGCUUUCAGCUCCAUGACAGCCAGCCCUACGCCGACAGACCUUGCUGGCACCGCGUCGUCCAUCGCCUCUGUCGCCAGCGAGUCGGCCGCUUCCGCAGCUUCAGGAGUUGCUGAGGGUGCCUCUUCCGUCGUAUCUGCCGCCAGCGCCGGUGCAUCAUCUGCCGCAUCUAUUGCAGGUGAGCACGUAUCCGCGGCAGCGGCAGAGGGGUACAGCAAGGUGGCAGCGGCAGGCGACAAGGCCGUGGACAGCUGGGAAGCUGUCGUGACCAAGAUCAGCGUUCAGGUCUACGGUGCGCCCACCCCGACACCGUGGUAUUCGAGCAUCUUCGACGCCGCCACCGACUACGCUUGCUCGGCUACCUCGGCUGCAAGUGCAGGCGCUGCAUCCGCGAGCAGCGCCGCUGGCGCGUAUGUCGUCGCCGGCUCAGACGAGAUUGCCAGGCAGUACGCCGCCGUCAGCAGCAUCUUGUCCGAGUUGGUGGUGGGCAAGGAGCCGACCUUCUCGGAGAGCGUCUUCUCGCGGCUCAGCGCAGCGUAUGUGACAGGCGCCUCGUCCGCAUCGAGCUUUGCCGGUGCUGCGCAGGAGACCGCGGCGUCUGCCAUGAACCAGGCCGGCGAGGCCGUCAGGAGCGUUGGCGACAAGGUUGCCGGCGCCGUGAGCGAUGCAACCGAGGCCGUCAAGGACGCGGCUUCCCACGCCAGGGAUGAACUCUGAGUGAAUGACCUGGCAUACACAGUGGGCUUGGAAGUUUGAAGAUGUUGCCGGCGGGUUCGGUGUUUAGGGGGACACGAAAAGGGGUAUGAGAUAAUGAUCCAUGACAUUGAGGAUUAGGGGGAAAAAGGGGUUUGUGGAAACUAAGAAGGGGGUUCAAGGAGUGAAGGACCGACGAACUGGGUUCGAGAAAUAUAGUCUAAGCCUCUCAUUUGUUGUAUCAUUAGGAUAUACCCUCCUUUUUGCUGCCAUGGAUUUCUCCAAUUAGGGAUCUGUCUGUUUCCUUUGGGUUCAUGGGUCGGUUGCUGGUAACGGUGUCAAGUGUUCGUAUUAGCAACAGUUUGUGGAAUGGUGUUAAAUUGGAACCUCAAGCUCGGUCAGUGUUUAUCAUUAGAAUGAUGGCGAAUCUACUAUUCGUGAUAAUUGUUGGGAACGG